AUACUUUUCAUAUCAAUUCAUACCGCAAAGACAAAUGACCAAUUCAGAGAAAAUCUAAUAAUAAAGCCGUUACCGGACGGCAAAGUACUAACGCAUUUCGAAUUCAGCAUUCAUUCAUCUAAUGUUGACGAAUCUGAUUAUGACCUUUUCCCACGAUCAAUCGGGCAAAUAUUCCAGACAUACAAAGCAAGAGAAUUACACCUAACUUUUACACAAGGAAGAUGGAAUUAUGAAGGAUGGGGAUAUCCUAUUGCACCGUCUGCUGGGACUGGAGUUGAAUUGUGGGCUUGGCUAUGGAAGAAUGACAAUUUAGAUAAGAAUUGGAGGUCUUUAACGAACGCCCUGGCGGGAGUAUUUUGCGCGUCUCUCAAUUUUAUUGACGAAAAAUCAACCGUUCGGCCGCGAUUAUCUUUUAGACCUGAAGGGGUAUAUAUUGAUUCUGAAUUAUCUAAUAGUGCUGAAUUAAGAUACGGAUCAUUACCUCACGAGAAUGUUUGCACAGAAAAUUUGACUCCUUGGUUGAAGCUACUCCCAUGUAAAUCAAAGGCGGGAAUUUCAUCUCUUUUGAAUAGCCAUAAACUUUACAAUUCCAAUUUCCAUUCAAUGAGUGUUCACGUUCAGCCUGUUUGUCAACAAAAAGAAUGCUACAAUAGUCAGCUGGAAAUAUUGCAAACAGUAUCGACGGUAUUUGAUCCGGUAAGAGAGUCCGGGAAGAGAGAUUGGUCGCUGUAUCAAUUGUUUGAUCGUGACAUUAUCAGAGCAUGUCCAUUGGCCGUUGAAGGCAAUAUCGUCCUAAUGCUUCCUGAAGUAGAAGAUUAUUCAAUCGAUCCCGAACCAUUUAGUAUUCAAGCAGUCGGCAGCAACACAAAGAGGAGAUUCGCGGUUUAUGACUUGACGAAAUUGAAGACUAAUUUGAAUUUAAUGAUGAAAUGGAAGGAAGCGUUUUUCGAGUAUGAUAUCAAUCCUGUUCAACCGGAUGUUUAUGCCCACCGAUAUUUCACCG